AUGCGUUUGCUUUUGCACCUGCUGCAUGUGGCACUGGUCCAGCUGGCAUCUCUACCUAUAGUUCUGUCUGUCACGCCAAUCAAGGCCAGAGACGCCACUAUCCCACAAUACGUUUACGACUAUGCACCAUUGGUGUGGCUCCAUAGUCAGGAUCCAUACAAACCAAGCGACCUACAAAUACAGCUAGACAAGACAACUCCCCAGAAAAACUGGACUGUACUUGCUGAGGCACCGUCACCACUAAAUCUGAGUAAUUUAAACAGACUGAACGAUCUGGGAAAUACGAGUGUGUAUUUGACUUCACGCGAAGGCAUUGCUGCUAAGCCCGAGCCAACCUGGUUUCAUGGUAUCACCCCAGACGAGGAUGGCCGUACAGGGAAUGGGACUGCAUGCGCAAUUAUUGUGGUGGACCACGGUAAAGAGGCAGUUGAUGCGUUCUACUUCUAUUUCUAUGCGUACAAUAAAGGCGACAAGGUUCUUGGAUUGGAGUUUGGUGACCAUAUCGGUGACUGGGAGCACAACAUGAUCCGUUUCUCAAAGGGCUCUCCACAAGCUGUAUGGUUCAGCCAGCACUCCAGCGGCCAAGCAUUUGCUUACCACGCCCUCGAGAAGGAGGGCAAGCGACCCUACGCAUACUCCGGAAACGGAACACACGCCAACUAUGCGAUAGCCGGAUCACACGACCACACGAUUCCAGGCGUCAAUCUACCCACUGGUUUCCUCGUAGAUUAUACUGACCGAGGUAAAUUAUGGGAUCCAACUCUAAACGCCUACAGCUAUGUCUAUGAUCCGUCGACCGCAACGUUCACAUCUGGUCCUGGAGAAUUUCCGGUCUCAUGGCUGUACUUCAAUGGACGGUGGGGCGAUGAUAAACCGCCUAAUGAGCCUACGAUCUUCGGUCAAGCUCGGUACAUGGCUGGACCUGACGGUCCCCAGUUUAAGGAUCUGAAUCGCAAUUCUUCCAUUCCGCAGCUGGGCGAUGAAUGUGACUUCGCAGGCGACUCAAGUGGUGGUGGAUUGAAUUGA